GUUAAUUAACCACUCAGUGUCUGUCUGCCUGUCUGGCGGCUGUCUGAAGAAUUCUGCUACACCAUGGACGAUAUUUUCACUUUGGUCAAAGAAGGUAAUUCGAUCCAAGUUCGAAUUUGGCUUGAUAACACAGCUAACGAUCUAAAUCAAGGAGAUGACCAUCGAUUUAGUCUUUUGCAUUGGGCUGCAAAGGAGGGCCGCCUCAAUAUUGUGGAUAUGCUGAUUGCACGAGGAGCACGUAUCAAUGCCACAAACAUGGGUGAUGAUACUGCUCUACAUCUUGCUUGUAGUCAUGGGCAAAAAGAAAUUGCUAUGAGGUUGAUGCAAAACAAAGCCAAUAUAAAUGCAAUUAAUGAACACGGAAACACACCUCUACACUAUGCUUGUUUUUGGAACUAUGGUGAUAUAUCACAGGAUCUUCUUAAUAUGGGAGCCCAGUUAGGCAUUGCAAAUAUCUUUGAUGAAACACCUUUGGAUAAAGCAAGACCAGCUCUCAGACAAGUUUUAAAAGACCGUGCUGUUGAAUUAGCUCGAGAUCUAAAGAAGAUUCCUUUCAAAGAUCGAAGUUGGCUUGGUAGUAAAACCCGCAGUCGAGAUGCUACAUUAUCCAGAUACACUGGUAUUAAGUGUUCGCAACUGAAGCUUGCACAUGUACUUGCCAACACCCAUUCAGGACGUACAUUGCAAGGUGUUUGGCAGGGGAGUGAAAUUGUGGCCAAAGAAUUAAAACUGAGAGAGUGUACUUUAAGAAUGUCUCGUGAUUUUCAAGAAGAAUUUCCUCGAUUAAGGAUAUUCAACCAUGCCAAUAUUCUACCUGUUUUGGCCUGUUGUAAUGAACGUCCUAACUUGGUCGUUAUUAGUCAGUAUAUGGUCCAUGGAUCACUCUAUAAUGUCCUUCAUGGAGAAACAGAUAUUGUUGUUGAUCAAAACCAAGCAUUGAGAUUUGCUCUGGAUAUUGCAAGAGGUAUGGAAUUUCUUCACUCCAUGGAACCCAUGAUACCAAAUAUUGCUCUUAACAGCAAACACGUCAUGAUUGACGAAGACCUGGCUAAGAUAAAUAUCGAUGAUCCUAAGUAUUCUGCUCGGGAUGUCGCAAUCAAUGGGAUAGACGAAGAUCUUACAGCAAGAAUUAAUAUGGCAGAUUACCGUUUCUCAUUCCAUGAGAAGGGGAAGAUUUACUCACCAGCAUGGAUGGCGCCAGAAGCUCUGCAGAAAAAACCUGAAGAGAUGAAUGUAAAGGCUGCAGACAUGUGGAGUUACGCUAUUCUGUUGUGGGAAAUGGAAACAAGAGAGGUGCCAUUUGCAGACCUUUCGCCAAUGGAAAUUGGAAUGAAGAUUACUCUGGAAGAUUUAAGAAUCAAAAUUCCACCAGGAAUAUCUUCACACAUGAGUACACUCUUGAAGAUCUGCAUGAACGAAGAACCAGGCCGCCGCCCUAAGUUUGACAUGAUUAUUCCUAUCUUGGAAAAGAUGCGACAUUCUAGUUAGACAACAAACACUUCGUCAUAUAUUUUAGAAAAUUAUUAUUCUGAUAGGGAAACAUUAAUUUUUCUGAAGUUAUUAUUAUUAUUAUUAUUAUUAUUAUUAUUAUUAUUUAAAUUAAAUAUUUUCAUACAUGAAUUGAGUACUAUAUAUAUAUAUAAAACUAAAAUGAAUUAUCUAUACACUUUAUGUUUUAUCUACACCCUUACAUGAAUUGUCUACACCCUUAUAUAUUAUAUUACUGCUUUUGAGAAAAUAUUUACAACCAGAAAGAGAUUUUAUAGAGAUAUGUUGAUAUCGAUGUAUAUAAACUGAUACUAAACAAAUGUUGCUAAUUACAACAUAGUUGCUAAUUACAGCACAACAGGACUAAAUUUUACUAAUUCUAUAAUUGUGAUUGAUUGCAAUCCAUAUAUUAAUUAAUUAUUCUGGUUUUUUAAUUAUUAUUUUAAAGUCUUAUAAAUCUUAUAUUUAAACUUAAAAAAAAUUUUAAUAUUAUAAAAAAAAUUGUUAAAUACAAUUGUUAAAAAUGUCAUCAAAUUAUAAAAGAAUUACUGACACAUUUAAACUUAAAUUUUAAAUAUGAUUAGUUUUACCUUUAGAAAUGUUAGUGCUGCUUCUUUUAAUUCAGUUGGAAAGGUUUGUUUUUUAAAUUCACACACACAUUCAUUUUAUUUGAUGGCUUAUAAUCUGGCAAGAAAACCUCAACUUCAAUUACAUGAAGAAAUUCAAAUACAUCUUGUUUUCUUUCAUUUGUACACUCAGAAACACAUGCACACUUACAUUUUACACAAGCUUCCCGAAAAUUACUUAUUUUAAUCUGGAACCUUCCUUCCACUAUGUUCCAAAUUGGUAAUUCAUUCUUAAUCUGAAACACUCUGGAAAAUGAUUCAAAUCGGUAUGAAUACAACAUAAAUAAAGUAGUAAUUAAAAUUUUCUUCCCCUCUUAAUAUUACCUCAUUAUUUUCUUAGUUAAUUAAUAUCUCACCUUUCUUAAAGAAAAAAAUUCUAUUUAAAAAAGUAUUUUAAAUUUAACUAAAAGAAGAACAUAAAGCCUUUUUCAUCUGGAUUUCAUAAAUCUUUCCUUUGAAUCAUUUAUUUUUCAUUAAUUUUAAAUCUUAAGCAUGUUAUUUAAACCAAUUUAAAUUUCAAAGAAAGUGAAAAAAACUUUAAAAAGAGAAAAAAAGCAUUUAUUUAAUUAAUAGCCAUUUUAUUUUUCAUACUUUUUUUAGAUUUUUUUAAACUUGCUAUUGUUUCAUUAAUUUUAAUAAAGAUAUUUUUAUCAAAUGCAAGCUUUUAAAACUAUUUUUUAUUCUAAUUAUUUCCUUAAUAGUAGUUUUUAAUUGUUAUGAAAAUUAAACAAGUUUUUUUGUUUUUUUAACCCUAUUUAACCAUUUUCGAUAUCCAAUUAAGACCACCCUUGGUCUUUUAAUAUAAACAUACCUGAAACCGCCCAUAUUAAAGUCUCCAUUUUGAAAUCAAAAUCUUGUUAUUGAAAUAUAUCAGUAGGUAAAUGUUCAUAAUAUAAGAACCAUUUACAAAAUUUUAUUUCAAUAUUUAAAAAAAUUAGUUAAAUAUUUUACUAAACAGUUCCUUAAUGCUUUAUUAUUAUUUAAUUUUAUUUUUUAAAAUGUCUCAAAACACAUAGCACUGUAUUUUUAUUAGAAAUACUGAAAUAGAAGAAUUAAAGGUUACUUGCUCUGAUUAAUUAUUUUCUGCUGCUGUAACACUGGUACAGAGCUUAACCAAUUUCUAUUGUAGAUUUGAAAUUAAACAUUUGACAAGAUUUCCUAUCAAUAUUUUGUGCCUUAUUGCUACCAAAAUAUACUUUGGCUAGUACAUGUCUUGGAUUUAGACUUCAUGACAAUGCUUUUCAUUUAGUUAGUAGGUAAAAAAAAAUUUUUUAAACAAAAAAACAUAACAAUGGUGCCAAGUUACAUUUGGAAUAUAAUUUUACAAUUCAUUCUAAGACUGAGAUGUGGAACCUUAAAAAUAAGUCAUGAUCUCUUUUUAUACUUUUUUUUUUUUUUUUUGCUUAAUAAAUGAUCUGUCUAAGUGAUCAAAUUAGUCAGAAUGUGAUAACAACAAUGACAGCAACAAAAGGAUCAAGUUGAUAAAGUUUAGAAAAGUAGAAGAAAAUAUCUGCGUUCCAACUGAAACAUUUUGAGCAGUAACUUCAGGAUACAAUCUUUGUAAAUGUUCUCACUCGAAGAACAUUGGUCUUCCUUUAUUAUUCAUUUCCUAAGUAUUAAGAAUGGAUUGUAAUAAACUUGCUUAAUUCUGUGCAGGUUCCAGGGUCCAUGAUUGACAUUGUUAACCUAUAGCAGUGUUAGUAAUAUAGAUUUCAAUAUUUAUUUUAAGAAUACAGAUGAUUAUGAUGAUGCUGCUGCUGAUACUGAUGACAACAAAAAUAGGUUUUUUGUGGGGGUGGGGUGGCAGGGUCAGUUUCUUAUGAAAAUGCCAUUCUCUAAAAUCUUGUGAUAAUGACUAGUAAAGGAACCCCACUUGAUCUAGAAAUAGUGUAGUCUGCUUCAAAUCACACCUGACCAAUGUCUUUAAUAUUGAUCUGCUCAAUCAGGCUGUUAAAUAACUAAACACCUUGUAAAAAAAUCUAAAUUUGGAAAGAAAAGAAAAUAUUCUGAGCAAGCUCUCUUGUAUCUUAAAUGUUAAACUCAAUGCUGUGCUAAUUGCUUAGGAGUCCCCCCCCCCUUUUUUUUUAGAUUAAACUGUUUUACUUCACUUACAUUCAGUCACUAGUGCUCAUGGGAAAGGGAUGAAUGUCACAACACCUACUUAUCCCAUUCUAUUUACCUCUCUCUAAAACACAUUAGCCUUCAUUAUCUUAUUAUAAAUAAAAAUGGAUAUUUCUCAUUCCUGAAUUUAAUUUAACAAAAGAGGUCUUUAAAAGAUAAAAAAAUAACAAAAUUAAAUAUUAAAAAAAAUUCUCAGGUAUCCAGGUCUUAUUUUUUUGCUGAUUAAAAAAGACAAAACUAAAUGUAACUUAUUGCUGACUGUGUACUAAAUAAACAUUUUGUAUUUAA